AUGGGAAGUGAAGACUCAAAGGUUUCUAACAGCAGCACAACAACCCCUGCAGCAAUCCUCCCUCCGAUCUCCAAUAACGUGAACGUUACAAACGACUCAAAGGUUUCAAACAGCAGCACAACAACCCCUCCAGCAACCGUCCCUCCGAUCUCCUAUAACGUGAACGUUACAAACGCCUCUGCCCCAAUCCAGUGUUCCUACAGCGUUACACCGAUACCAUUUGGGUUCAGGUUCAUCAUCAACAGCUCUGCCACUGGCGUGUAUAACAUUGCUUUGACCGAGGACGGCCAAGAGCUGAGAAAACACUCUAACACCACAUCGAUCAACAUCCUGGACCUGAAACCCUGCACGGAAUAUGAGCACACCGUCAAUUAUCACAAUGACAAGAACAAAGAACAAGGAACUGGUUGUAACUUCACAAAUCUUACACCGAAGACGCGUACAAAGGAAAUGAGUCAAAAUGUAACCUACAAUGUGACCUCGGAUGGCUGUCUUUCGGUGUAUUCUGGAUGGAAUAUCAACACUUCACUGUCAGCCCCCAAGAAUUCUCGUGUUGAAUUUGAAGUAAAUAAAGUGUGCAUCAGGCCGGCCUUCAGUGACAUUUGCUCUCGACUCACAACGGACUUCAACUUUGCAAGAAAUUGCACCUCUUUCAGUUUGACAACGUUCUUCAGUGCAGAUGAUUUUUUAAUCCCAAAGGAUAUAAAACAGGAUCAUACCUCCAAACUUCCUAUAAACAUCACAGCACAUUUACCCCCAAAAUGCACCAAUCACUCCACUGUUUACUCCUGUCUGGAUGCUUCCAACACAAGCACAAUUGUGUCUGAUCUUGAACCCUUCACCAACUACAUCUGUACUGGUGACAUCAUGGAGCACAGUGCCACCAGAGGAAAGCUACCGCCUCUCCCGGUCAGGAUUGACUGCGAUCUUGAUAUACAAAUAAAACAUGCCCACCCGACUAAUGAGUCCAUUAAAAUGGAAUGGACAACUGAAAGUGUAAAUUGUGCUGAUGUGGUUUCUAAUGGAACAAAGCUUUCAUACCAGUGCACCUGUGAGCGUAAAACGGAAGCAAACAAGAUAUUUGGACCAAGUAUGGCAAGCAAACACCAAGACCAUUUUCGAUGUCACGUUACCGGCCUAAGUGCAUUCACUGAUUAUCUUUGUACUAUCCAACCUACUUACAAUAGCAAGGGUGUUGGCUGGCGAACAACAAAGACACUGCAAACUACUCCUGGAGUGCCAGAUGACAUCACCAACCUGAAAGCAAUCCUUGUAGACAACAAUGAGAUUGAAGUGACCUGUGAUCACUCAAAACAGUUUUAUGGGCCGAAAACUGGCUUCAAUGCAGUUAUCCAGGAUAGUGUCACUGUGAAAACAAAAAACCAAAGUGGAACAUGUAAAUUCACAUUCACAGAUUUGAGCUACUCUACCACGUACAAAGUGGAGGUGUUUGCCUUCAACGAGUUUCACAAGAGUAAGGAUGGAAGGCCGGAACAGGUUUCUACUUCUUACAAUGACAAAGCCCUCACUGGGUUUCUUAUCUUCCUCAUCAUUUUCACAUCAGUGGCGCUCCUUAUAGUUCUCGUCAAGAUCUAUAUGGUGAAACGCCAAAGGUCCCAAGACAUGCAUGAAAACAUGCUUCUUAUCCCCAAUGCAAAAAACUUUUCAGUGGAACCAAUCGAAGCUGACACGUUGCUGGACGCAUACAAAAGGAAACUGGCUGAUGAGGGACGCCUUUUUCUGGAUGAGUUUCAGAGCAUCCCCAGAAUUUUUACGCGGUUGCCAAUGAAAGAGGCCAAAAAACCCUGCAAUGCCCUGAAGAACCGUUACGUGGACAUCCUACCAUAUGAUUCCAACCGAGUCCAGCUGCGUACAGGAAAUGGCGAGGCCGGCUGUGACUACAUCAACGCCAGCUUCAUUGAUGGCUACAAUGAGUCAAAGAAAUACAUUGCAGCUCAAGGACCAAAGGAGGAAACGGUGUGUGACUUCUGGAGGAUGAUCUGGGAGCAGAAAUCUUCUAUCAUUGUCAUGGUAACACGCUGCGAAGAGGGAAACAAGGUCAAGUGCGUGCAAUACUGGCCUUCUCCUGACCGAGAGACAGAAAUCUACGAGGAGUUUGUUGUCAAGCUCCUUUCGGAGGAUUACUUCCCCGAUUAUAUCAUCCGCAAUCUUAUCCUGACUAAUAGGCGAGAGAAAAGCUUGGAGAGAGAGGUGACCCACAUCCAGUUCAUCAGUUGGCCCGAUCAUGGCGUUCCGGGGGAGCCCCACCUCCUCCUGAAGCUCCGACGACAAGUUAACGCCUUUAAGGACUUUUUCAGCGGGCCCAUUGUUGUCCACUGCAGUGCUGGAGUGGGCAGGACGGGCACCUACAUCGGCAUUGAUGCCAUGAUGGAGUGUCUGGAGGCAGAAAGCAGAGUGGACAUCUAUAGAUUUGUUUUUAAUCUCCGCAGACAGAGAUGUCUCAUGGUUCAAGUGGAGGCCCAGUACAUCUUAAUACACCAGGCCCUACUGGAGCACAACCAGUUUGGAGAAACGGAGAUUUCGCUGUCGGAGCUUCACAGUACACUGAGCAUGCUCAAAGACAUCAGCUCUGCCAAUGAACCUACUUUACUGGAGGAAGAGUUUAAGAGACUUCCCACCUACACAAACUGGAGGACAUUCAACACAGGGAUCACAGAAGAAAACAAAGCCAAGAAUCGCUGUUCGUCUAUCAUCCCCUACGACUACAACCGAGUGUUACUGAGUGUGGGUGAAGGGUCCAGCUGCAAUAGCACCCCUGAUGAAGACGAUGAGGAACAGCCAUCUGAUGAAGAGGAGGAGGAGAAGUCCACUGCAUACAUCAAUGCUUCCAACAUUCAUGGCUACUCGAACUCUUGCACCUUCAUUGCAGCACAGUCUCCUCUAGAUAGUACCAUGGCUGACUUCUGGUUGAUGGUUUACCAGAAGAAGGCUUCCACCAUCGUCAUGCUGGAGGCCAAUGGAGAAGAAAAAGAAUCUGCGUUUUUGGAGAGCAAGGAGGUGACCACUUAUGGGGAUAUUGAAGUGCAAGUGCAAAGAGUAGAUGAUAAUCCCAGCAUGAACAUCAUCCAUCGUAUCAUGUUGAUUCGUCACGUCAAGAGGAAAGAGAAACGGACGGUGAUGUACGUUCAGUUCCUGAAGUGGGGGAGCAGAGAGCUGCCGGAGAAACCUCAAGUUCUGACGGACAUGAUUAAGGAGGUCAAGCGUGGAAAGACGCCAGGAGGCGCUCCAGUUGUCGUCCAAUGCAGUGAUGGUUCGUCCCGUUGUGGUAUUUUCUGCGCACUGUGGAACCUUCUGGACAGUGCUGAGACGGAAAAGACGGUGGAUGUUUUCCAGGAGGCCAGAACUCUGCGUAAGGAGCGAAAGGGGAUGAUAGCAAAUCUGGACCAGUACCAGUUCUUGUAUGACGCACUGGACGGAGUCUACCCUGUCAAGAACGGGGAGGUGAAACCCAUUCGGGCCUCUGAAGUGGACUCUGUCCUGUUGGUCAAUGAGACCCAAAGUGCAGAAGAGGCUGACGGCCCUACUUUGAUGGACCAGCAGCGAGAGGCAGAUAGCAGUGGAAAGCCUGUAGCUGAAACAGGGAUGGAGGAUGAUGGAAAGAAGCCUGAAAAAGUAUCCGGCGACCCCACGGAGACAACACCUUAGGGGUCUGAGGAGCGGUCGCAGGUGUCAUUUUACUCGCAGCAAUAAGCGCUUCAAUUGGAUGCUUCCUUUUGGGACAGGUAUUGUGUUUUCAACUCUGUAAGUGUAAAAGAUUUGCAAAGCUUCAGUUUAUUGAGCAUCUAUCCAAGUUAUGUGUUAGAUGCAAGAUGGCCGGCCCUCUUUAGGGGUUCAAAUGCUUCCUGGUGAAGUUUUAAUAACUUUGAAAAGCUUUUAUUGAGUUUUUGUAAGAGAAAAUGAUAGGACGUAGAACUAUAAUUACAAUCUUGGCUACAGUAUUGGAUCAAAUCAUCAGUGUCAGAGUUUUUUAUUUUUUAAAUGAUCCACAAGUGCCUCUUCUAUAGUAUAAUAUAUAUGCAUACAUAUACACACACACACACACCUACAUAUAUAUAUACAGUACAGUCCAAAAGUUUGGACAAACCUCAUUCAAUGUGUUUUCUUUAUCUUCAUGACUAUUUACAUUGUAGAUUGUCACUGAAGGCAUCAAAACUAUUAAUGAACACAUGUGGAGUUACUGUAUGUACUUAACAAAAAAAGGUGAAAUAACUGAAAACAUGUUUUAUAUUGUAGUUUCCUCAAAAUAGCCACCCUUUGUUCUGGUACUGCUUUGCACACUCUUGGCAUUCUCUCGAUGAGCUUCAAGAGAUAGUCACCUGAGGUAGUUUUAUUGUAUUAUGACUAGUACGGACUGUAACUUAUUGAACUUAGCAAGUGUGUCGAGGAGACUGAUAAAUACAAUAAAUAAAUAUAAUCAUCUAAAGGGUCAUUUGUGGCCCUCGCUUCAUAAUUUAUUGGUACAUUGUUGAAAUAUAAUUAAACAAAGCAAAUAUUUUAUUUAUUUGGAUAAAGCAUAAAAAACAAAUGUAAAGAAAAAAGGGGAAAUGUUAAUACUGAUGACUACUAAUAUCACAAAGCUUUGUAUUUAUGUACAGGUAUAUUACUUUUUCUUUUUACCUGUGUAAGAAAUUUAAAACAUAUUUUGAAGAUGUCAACGUGGCAUCCUUAAUUUUUUUAGUCUCUGGCACUAGAUGGAAAGUUUCAAUAAUCGUAAUAUCAUAAUUUAAGAGAGCGAUAUAUAAAGAUGUUAAAAUGGAUCAAUAAAGGUUUUUACAUUCACAAAUUGGUACAACUGUGGCAAAAAUGCAAAACCCACUGCCAUUAAAAGAUAGAAGAUUUAAUAUCCAUCACAAAUACAGUAUAUGGGCCAUGUAUAAAAACUUAAAUAAAAAAACAGUCUCAUCAGAAAUAUACAAAAUGAAAUUCUGGGAUUGACACUUGCAUCUAUAUGUUUGUAUUUGAUAUUUAAAAUUUGUAUGUACAAAAUAUCUGGCAGGACAUUUGAUUCUAAUGUGUACUGUACAUUUGAAGCUACGUUGAAAGAUAUUGUUACAUGCGGUACAAAAAUAUUCCAUUUCACUCAAGCCAUGUGUAAGGUCACAGGUCAUUGCUGAGCCACACCUUUUACUUUUCAUCUGUAAAUAGCUGCAUGUACUCUUUCAGUAUUAUAGUUUACACAGUCGCCCUCACCCACUUGUUGCCAUAUCUUUUUUACCGUGAGUCAAAAUGCCAAAGGUUUGUGGCGGUCCGCCAAAAAUAAAUUUGGAAUGCUACAAAUCGAUUUGAUGCUACCUGUUCACUGCUGCUCAUAAACACAUUGUAAAGCACCUGAUCCACCAGAGCAUAAGAAGACGGUGCGGAAGGGUUGGCAACUUAGCAACUUUGUCACUACAUUUAGUGAGUGAUCAGUGGUUGUCAACUGGGUUUGGCUGCGUGACCAAUCAUCACAACAACAGCGACCAACAUUGGUCAUCACUACGCACAGAGUGGAACAUUUCCAAAAUGUAUUUCUUAGAGCAUUAAUAACAGAUUAAGAAAAGUUUCAUUUAAUUGCACAAAUGGUUUAUCGCGUGAUCUACAACUUUUUUUCCAAAGUCACUUGCAAAGUUAGUGGGUUGUUUAUUUGGGCUUUCUUUUUUUUGCCCACAAUAAAGCAAAACAGGACUGCACCGGUCGGUAGUUUGACCUUUUCUACACAACGUAUUCCUGGUUAUAUCGUGCCCUCUGUCGACUUGGCACCCCCCUAAACACACUCACGCAAAUAUCCAAGAGCCCAGACUGUCAGACAAACAAUAUCGAGACUGGGUAAGAAUUAGUGGGAAAACUUCAUAAAAAAUAUCAUUUGAAAUAUAUAUUUAUUUCAUAAUCAUAGAAAGAAAGAGCUAAAAAGGUCUGGAUAAGACCCCAGGUGGAAAACGUCUUUUGUUAGUCUGCG